CAAACCAAUAAUGACAAGAGUCAGUGAGUUUGAGAACGGCACAGAUCAUUCAGCUGGCGGUUGAGCCAUACUGUUGACAGACAGUGAAGAUGACUAGAUAGUGGACUAGUAUAAAGAUCUACUGACUGGAGUCCAGCCUGUCGUCUUUUCUAGAUCAGCUUGCUGUGUCAGUGAAAGAAAUUUCCUUGGCGUGAAAUUGUAUUUUACGAGUGAGUUUUUCUUUAGACUUGAGAUAGUUUUCUUGCAGUUUGAGAAGUAUUGUAGAUGGUAGCGGUGCUUGUUGAGUGAGAGACCACGCUACAUAUGGUGCCAUUGGUGGCGUAACCAUGGCAACGGAGACUCUUCCCAAGGCGGAGUACCUGCUCAGCCUCGUAGAGAGGAACGAACAUCAGCAGUUGAGGAAGGCAAUCCUUCAAGAGGACGGUACCCUGAAGGAAGGUGUAUCAAAUCUGAUAUAUACCAACAAAAAGAAAGAGAAGGAGCCAUUACUGGGUCGGUUGCUAUUCAAGGCCUGCGAUGAAGGCCAUCUGGAGUGUGCCUGCAUCCUUGCAGACUGUUGCGGAGAAACAGUCAUCAACCAGUUGUAUCGCUCUGUGAGUGUAUGGAAGUGCACUCCACUACAGAUGGCAUGUGCGCAGGGUUACGUCGAUAUAGCCGAGCACCUUGUCAAGUGUAAAGCCAAAGUGGACAAGACUGAUUCGUACGGUAACUUUCCUGUUCAUAAAGCUGCUUCAUAUGGACAUCUGAAAGUCGUCAAGUAUCUACUAGACAUCCAACCCGACAUGGUCUCUGUGAAGGACAGGGACGGUGACCUUCCUGUUCAUCGUGCUGCUUUCAUUGGACAUCUGGAAGUCACCAAGUAUCUACUAGAUCUCCAACCAGACACGAUCUCUGUAAAGAACAACAACGGUGAGCUUCCUGUUCAUCUCGCUGCUUCCUGGGGAAAACUGGAAGUUGUCAAGUAUCUAGUAGAACUCCAACCCGACACGGUCUCCGUAAAGAACAAUGGCGGUUACCUUCUUGUUCAUCGUGCUGCUUGGAAUGGACAUCUGGAAGUCAUCAAGUAUCUACUAGAUCUCCAACCAGACACGAUCUCUGUAAAGAACAACGAUGGGAGACCUCCUCUUUGUGACGCAGUGUACGGGAACGAAGCAGGUUGUGUACCAUACUUGCUGGACGUCACCUGGACCGAGCUUGCAUAUGAUGAGGCUAAGGAGAUCGUGGAACGGGCCGGGAGGCUAGCUCAUAUAAAGGGCUUCAUACAAAUACUGGACUUGAUUACGACCAGCUUGAUCUGUGCAGAGUUUGGUGUUGAGGGUUACACUGAUCCUACUGAACUGAUUGCCAACGUCUGUGGGGCAGAAGGGUCAGGGAAAUCUACCUUCAUUGCAUCCUUCACAGCAGAAGGUUUCUUCAAUAAACGGCUACGCAAGGAGAAUCAACCGGACAUGAAGGCAAAAGAUUUAGCAUCCCGAACAAAGGGAAUUGAAGAAACCAUUUACAACCAAUCGCAGGUGAAGGUGCAUUUUCGCGACUUUGCUGGCCAAGAACAUUAUACCGAGUCACAGGACAUCUUCACGGUUGCCAUGACAGCACCAUCUGUUGCCGCAAUAGUGGUGGACGGCACAGAGUGUGUUGAUGAGAUCACACAGACUGUCAGUGCAACUGCCGCCAAUAUUGUUUGUCGCCUGUCUGCACCUGAUGAUGGUUCUCUACCGACUGUGCAACAAGAACAAGAACAGCAGCAGCAGCAGCACCACCACCAGGAAGAUCUGCAACAGGCGGAGAAACUUGAUGUCAUCGCAAUUGCCACACGAGCUGACCAGCUAACACCAGAAGAGCGCAUUGAAGUGGAGAAGGCCAUAAGGAGAGGAAUGAAAUCAUUCUCUCAGCGCUUAAAUCUCUCUAUUGUGAGAGUAGUGGACGCUAGAAAGUCCAACAGUUCCAGCAUGAAUGAUCUAAGAAGAGAAUUCAUGCACUUGAUCAAUCGAGUGUUGGCGAAGUCACCAAAGCAACCGCGUUUGCUGCACAAGGCUCGGAAGCAUUUGGAUGAGGUUCAGGCAUCGAUGCCCAAUCCAUACUGUUCAAGAGCUGAGUUCGUUGCGGCAUUCAAGAAGGCAAUCCAAGGAACCAAAGAGGCACUGCCGAAACGACUCACUGAGCAGAUAGACAGCUUUCUACGCAUCCUGACUGCUUACGGAUAUGUCAUCACAUUCCCAGAGCUGAAUAAUUUGGUGGUUCAUCAGCCUCGCUGGCUCCUGCAGGACGUGAUCGGGUUUAUGUACUCGUCCAUCGUCUUCCCCCACCGCCCUGAUGGCAUUGCCAGGGAAUACAAGAUAAGUGAAGAGGAGUUCGUCCGUUCCCUGACUGCCUUCGCCACAGUCGGUGAGAAAGCUCCGCUCUGCGUGCGUAUGGUUCUACAGCUCGGCUUGACCAUCCGUCAUGAGAAAGAUAUCCUUGCUCUCUCUCUGUUCCCCGAGUGCACACAGCCAUUGAAGGCACACAGAGCCUUCAUGACCUCACAAGUGAUGGUAGGUUCUGUGUAUACCUGCAAUGGCUGUGUGCCAUUCGCAUCUGGUCUCAUUGUUCAAUGCCAAGCACGUGUCUACGACUACUCCGCCUGCUUUUUCUCCAGCACUGAUCCCAUGUUCUUCAAGAACACCAUCAUUGUCCACCCGUACCCGCACACAACAGCGCUGAUUGUGUUUUCGUCCGACCGUCAGCGCUGUUGUAUUGCAGUGACGUCUAGUUGCAGUAGGUACCUGCAAGUAGUUCACCACGUCCACUGGUUAUUCCAAGAUCUCUUCCUUGAGCUACUCGCGAAAUACAGUCGUGGUACUUCGGUAGAGUCCACUGUUCUCAGCCUGAGCAGCAUGCGUCAGCUUAUCCAGCAAUCCGCUUCACCAGCUGCCAUCAGUUCAGUGGUUGCUUCCUACUCGUCCGAAGCCGUCAUUCUUGCCUCAAGCAGUGUGCAAAGCAAAGAUGUCAAGGAUGCCAGCGGUGUGUGCAUGGACUCGGUGCUGGAUCUCCACUAUGUUCCUGCCACGCACAUCACUAUGCUUCCUGCCGCAUGUACUGAUCGCCUGGAGAGGCUACGAGAUUCUUCAUUCUUGCGCGAUCUCCAAACACAUGUUGACGUCAGUGAGAGUGAAACCAGCCGGCUUGUUGGCCCCCCAUUCGUGUCGUCCGCUGGACCCAGUGGGCUGAAUGCCUCGCUGGUGUUGUUGGCAUGGUGCCGACAAUCUCAUCGUCACACAUCUACUGUGCUAUACAGCAGGUUAGCACAGCACUGCUUUUCUUCUCCAUUCUCCAUUUUCUACCGAGAGAUCUGCAGGAUGCUGGUGGAGAAUGAGAACAUGUUGAUGGAAGCGUUCCCGGACAUCAUCACUUAUGAACAGCGGCAGUUGAAGGAGCAAGAACGUCUUCGUUGCCAGGCCGACAAUAUACCAUUGGCGGAUGAUUGGUUCUCGACUGAACCCAAGACGUCAUUCCUGGGACAGAAUCCCUCCAUGGGAAUGCUACGAUCUCACCUCCAUGCAAUGCAUGUUACGGAUAAGCUGAUCGUGGACUCUGAUCACUACACUCUGGUCCAGGAAGCUGAGUUAGCAGCAGAGUUGCUCACAUCAACAGUAGCACCAGCAGCAGUAGCACCGGCACCAGCAGCAGCAGCAACAGCAGCAGCAACAGAAGCAGCACCAGCAGCAGCAACAGCAGCAGCACCAGCAGCACCGGCAGCAGCAACAGCAGCAGCACGAGCAGCAGCAGCACCAGCAGCAGCAGCAGCAGCCGCACCAGCACCAGCAGCACCAGCAGCAGCACCACCAGCACCACCAACAGCAGCACCAGCAGCAGCAGCAGCAGCACCAGCAACAGCAGCACCAGCAGCAGCAGCAGCAGCAUCACUGACUGUAGCAGAGAGUAAAGCUGAUCCAUUUGAGGAUGAUUCAUUCAACACACAUAUCUUACCAAAGCUGUAUAAGAUAUCUUGUGAUGCACUGCGGCAAAGCGUUCAGGCACAAGGACUCCUGAGUGGUUUUGAUCCCCUUCCGGAACUAAACCGUAUUGAACGAUAUGAAGGUGUAGAGAGUCAUCACCUGAAGUUGAUUGGAUACAUCCGUGCUGGAGAGCGAGAUGCAUACAGAAAGCUGUGUGCAGCAGUGAGCAAGCUCAACUUGCAAGAUCUGCACAACACCAUGCUAAGGCUACUGUAGUAGGAAGUCUAGUCAUGAUGUGAUUGUGCAAGACUGCUUUCUCCCAGCACUCCAUGUACAUCACUGUUCAGAUUGUGCAAGACUGCUUUCUCCCAGCACUCCAUGUACAUCACUGUUCAGAUUGUGCAAGACUGCUUUCUCCCAGCACUCCAUGUACAUCACUGUUCAGAUUGUGCAAGACUGCUUUCUCCCAGCACUCCAUGUACAUCACUGUUCAGAUUGUGCAAGACUGCUGUCUCCCAGCACUCCAUGUACAUCACUGUUCAGAUUGUGCAAGACUGCUCUCUCCCAGCACUCCAUGUACAUCACUGUUCAGAUUGUGCAAGACUGCUUUCUCCCAGCACUCCAUGUACAUCACUGUUCAGAUUGUGCAAGACUGCUUUCUCCCAGCACUCCAUGUACAUCACUGUUCAGAUUGUGCAAGACUGCUUUCUCCCAGCACUCCAUGUACAUCACUGUUCAGAUUGUGCAAGACUGCUGUCUCCCAGCACUCCAUGUACAUCACAACAGUCAUACUCACACAGUGGACAUAACUCGUUGCCGGUAUCCCGGUAUACUUGUUUGUGUCGUUCUUCCCCUGCCACUGCUCUGCCCUAUCCAACGUGUUCUUUUUCCUCAUCUACACAUGUAUCAUAUUGUAUUCUUGAGUUGAUUGCUCACCAGUUGUGGAUAUGCUCCAUGUUUAUUCUUUUCAAGGUGGCCGUCCUUGAGAAUAUUUUCUCAAAGAGCAGCUCCACCACCUCCCCCCCCCCCCCCCAUCUUCCCUCCUCUCUCCCAAUUUCACACGCGCACACGCGAGCAUGUGCGCACAUACAUACUUUGUUCUAUUGUUUGCUGUGCUUGCCAAGACUGCUGGUAUGUUUCCAUGGACUGUGUUAUUUUGCUAAUACAUGUACAUGUACAUGUAUACAUAAAUGUUCCUACUCUUGAAAAUUCAAUUUGGCUUACUCAAGAGCAUCUUUCUUUUGUUCUUAUUUUGCAGCUACAUCUCUACAUAUAUAUGUCCCUAGUCUUUAAUAAAAUUUAUUAUGACUUGCUCUAAGGCACCUCUAUUUGCUGUGACAAUUGCACAGUAUUCUUUUCAUUUUUCACUUGAUUUUGUUCACAUUUUUGCUUGUGCGUGCAUACAUAAUUAAUUUUGUUCUAUUGUUUGCUGUGCUUGCCAAGACUGAUGGUAUGUUUCCAUCGACUGUGUUUUUUUGAAUAUUUCCCCCACCUCUCUCCCAAUCCCAAACGCGAGCACGUGCGCGCAUACAUAUUUUGUUAUAUUGUUUGCUGUGCUUGCCAAGACUGCUGGUAUGUUUGCUAAUACAAAGUAUAAUGUACAUGUAUACAAAAAUGUUCCUAAAAUUCAAUUUGGUUUGCUAUAGAGCAUCUUUCCUUUGUUCUUAUUUUUUGUGGCUACAUCUCUACAUAAAUGUCCCUAGUCUUUAAAAUUCAUUAUGGCUUGCUCUAAGGCACCUCUCUAUUUGCUGUGACAAUUGCACAGUAUUCUUUUCAUUUUUCACUUGACUUUGUUCACAUUUUUGCUUCUGCUGACACUUGAAUUGACCCAGUAUUGAACUUGGCAGCUGAACUUCAUCUCCUUUCCUCAUUUUUUUGCCAGAACAGGUCAUGACGUUUGUCACUUCUCCACUUUGCGUGCUUAUUUGAGAAAUUAAUGUGAUGGAAAUCA